UCGUAACUGCGCGCGGCCGCAAUAUGUCGGCUUUGAUGUCGAAUUUUGUGGGGUCGAAGAUUUUUUAUACCAGGUUGCCGUAAGGGCACUGACAAGCAAGAACGCACAGACAGAAUCAAAUUUUAAAAAUCUUUGGUGCGAAUUGUACCUUUGUUUUCUAGAUCUCUGACUCUAUAGAUUCCGACUGGAGGGUUCAAAUGUGUCAGGAGCAUCAACCUUCAGAAAGGUCGUGUGUAGAAUAAGCAAUGGAUAAGCAACACAUAUGCCUGUAGAAUGAUGAUUUUAUGCACACCCAUUUACUAUGAAGACAUCAGUGAAAACCGGUAUUGUGAUCGGAUGCGUAGCUGCCGCUUUCGGGACUGGAUACUACUUGCGUCAUGACAAACACAUCGAAAAGCCUGUGCCCUUCACUGAAUAUGACGAGAACGCUUUCGUUCAUUUACCAGACACUGAGCACCCCCCGCACACACCACCAAAAAACAAAGGGUGGUGGGAAAGCUUAUUUAGGAAUCAAGAUACUCAGCAUUUAUAUCUCUUGAAACAAGCCCAGUCAAACGAUCUGAGAGUGCGCCUGCAUGCAGUUGAAGCGCUUGGCUAUCUGCGCAGCCUUACUGAUGCAGAAUAUCGAACUAUUGCCAAACAGUGCGACCUUCGUACUUGUGUUGGCCUUGCCAGAACAGGUGCUGCUGACAAGAGGUAUUUUCUUCCACCACCACUAGUGGCCGAAGAACAUGCCCAGGGCCACCUGCAAGACCAUCUGAGGUUGUUGCUAUCAAGAUUGCCCGAAACUGAUGAAGAGUCCUGCAUAAAUUUCUUUACACAUAACGCACUUCAAACGGAGGUUCAGUUCUUCGAUAUUCAUCAUGAGAAGGAAGAAGCACAACGUUUCCGCCAUCCGUCACCCGGUGAAGCAGAGAUGCACUGUCUGCAGGCCAUGUUAAGUCACACCGAUAUUCCGGAGCACCGGCAUCUGCUGGUCGAUCACGGCGCCCUGCAACUGCUGCACCGUGUGCGCAGGGAGCACCCGAGUGAUCUCGAGCUGCACAGUCUCGUGGCUCAAAUGGUGGCCAACAUGGCCCUCGACUCUUCCCUUCACGCUCGUCUUUUUCAAUCAGGUUGGGUGAGUGUUUUAGCAAAAUGGAUCCGAUCGUCGGAAGUGCUCAUCUCACUCCCAGCAGCACGCGCCUUGGCUAACAUGGACAGCGAUUCUAUGUGGUCGACAAAAUACGAAGAUGGUAUAUAUCUCUUGCAUCCCCACUUCAGAACAAAAGAGAAGAGCCUUUCUGCCGACAUCAUUUUUGUGCACGGGCUGAUGGGCAGCGUGUUCAAGACGUGGCGGCAGCAUGACAGUCAAAAUCCGUCUGUGCUCACAAAGCUGGAGGACUUUGUUGAACCACGAAUCACGGCUGUACGCAGCAGCGCCUGUAAGAUUACCGUUGAUGACAAGUCACCUCGAGCCAAGGCUAUGGCUAAGUACACAAAUAUCUGGCCAAAGAAUUGGCUCGCAAAAGAUCUGCCUAACACAAGAAUCCUCGCUCUUGAUUAUGAUACAUACUUGAGCCAGUGGAUGCCCAAUUGUCCUUUGGAACCUCAUAGGCGUACACUGGUCUCAAGAGGUAAGGAAAUGUUGGAUAAGCUAAAGAAUUGUGGUGUUGGGGACAGGCCUGUUAUUUGGAUCUGCCAUUCAAUGGGAGGUUUACUAGUCAAGCAGAUACUGACAAUUGCGAGUGAACUACCGCAAUACGAAAAAGUUGCCCAGCAGACGGCUGGUGUCGUGUUCUAUGCCACACCACAUCGAGGUGCUGACUUGGCAGACUUGAAUACAACUUUCCGACUGCUGUUGCUGCCAUCCGUGGAACUGCAGGAGCUACGGAAGGAUUGCCCCAAAUUAUUGGAAUUGGAUAACAAGUUCAGAGACCUAGUCAAGAAGUACAACAUACCAUGUUUGAGUUUUGGGGAGACAGCGAAGACACUCCUUGGUUUUCGCGUGAGCAAAGUCUUGGUUCCCAGGGACUCCUCAGACCCUGGUUUUGGCGACUUCUUUCUCAUGAACACUACUCAUCUGGACAUCUGCAAGCCACAGAAGUGGUCGUCAUAUAGCUACCAGUUGCUACUAGACUUUCUGGAUCAUGUAUUCACUGCCAUUAACCACAGGACUUACAUGGAAAAUAUCGCCACCAAUCCAUCAGCAGCAGCGAAGCUGAGGCAACUAGAACUCUACAUGGAAGCAGGGGUCAUACAGUUUUAAGAGGAAUGUUGCUCACAAACUUAGUGCUUUACAAAGUAGUCUUAUUUAUGGAAAAAAUUAAAUUAUUUUAUCAAGA